GUCGGACACGUUCAGACACCUUUGGGCCUUGCAGUCGCAUGAGGUCGCCCGAGGAUGCUAUCAACGGGCACGGUACUACGCAUACGCAGUCUCCAGACCGUCGUGCAAGCAAAAGAGUACGGUACUUCCACGAAGAAGACGAGCAUGAGAAAGAGCAGAUUGGCGACUUGGCCAACGGCGCUGCAACGAAUGGCAAGCAGAGCAAACACAAGCGAGCCUUGCGUGCUGCCGAUUUGUUGUCCUCUCGGAAACUGCUGCCCAUAUGGCAAGGGAGAGAGGGCAUAUGUCAGCAAAUACUGAACAAUGACACAGUCGUGAUACUGGGCGAGACUGGCUCUGGCAAGACGACACAGGUACCGCAGUUCCUGCUUCAGGCCUCCAAGCAGACCCUACGCAUAGCUGUCACUCAGCCAAGAGUCGUAGCGGCGACAUCGCUCGCUGCUCGCGUGGCGGAUGAGUUAGGCUGCAAGCUUGGCACAUUAGUGGGCUAUACCGUCAGAUUCGACGAUAUUUCGUCCAAUAGGACCCUGAUCAAAUAUGUCACCGAUGGCACGCUGCUCCAAGAGCUAUUAGGAGAUGCUCCGCUAUCGGCCUACGAUGUGAUCAUCAUCGACGAAGCGCACGAGAGGAGUCUGCGAUCAGAUAUGCUCAUGGGCUUUCUCAAAUCAAUACAAAGCGACCGCAAGGAAGCGCAUGCCGACGGGCAAGUCUGGCAACGAGGGCCUCGUCAGGGCGAGCCCGUGUCUGCCUUGCGCAUCGUCAUCAUGAGCGCAACGCUCGAUGCUCAAAAGUUUAGCGCGUUCUUUGACAAUGCACCUGUCCUCUUUGUGAGAGGCAGGCAGCAUACUGUUUUGACGCGCUAUACCGCCGAGCCCGUACAAGACUUUGUCGACGCGGCGCUCAAGACGAUCUUUCAGAUCAAUCUAGAAAGGCCGAGAGGCGAUAUACUGGUUUUCUUGACGGGCCAGGAGGACAUCGAGAGCCUGAAAUCAUCACUAGAGUACUAUAUAGAGACUUCGCCCACCGUAGGAAGGCCAAACCUGAUCAUACUACCGCUUUACGCUCAGCUGCCGCCGAAACAGACGAAAGAAGCCUUCGCGCCUGCGUUGCCCGGCACGCGCAAGGUCAUCCUGGCGACAAAUGUCGCAGAGACUUCUCUCACGAUUCCAGGCGUGCGGUAUGUCAUCGACACGGGUAUGCAAAAGGAGAAGCGUCACCAUGCAGCUCAAGGAUUAGACUCGCUGCUCGUCGAGAAAAUCAGCAAAUCGUCAGCAAUGCAGCGAGCAGGUCGUGCAGGUCGAGAGGAGGAUGGUGAAUGUUUCCGGCUGUACACCGAAGAAGACUACAAUGCGCUCGAGGCAUCGAGUCUGCCGGAGAUCAAGCGUGUCAGCCUGUCUUUUGCGCUUCUGCAUCUUAUGGCCUCCGGGUCGGAGGAUGUGUAUACCUUCGAUUUUCUAGAUGCGCCUGCUGUCGAUUCGAUCAAAAUGGCAAUGCUCACCUUGCAUGCGCUGCAAGCGGUCAGUGACGAGGGCAAGAUAACGCCUCUUGGCAGGAAGAUGGCCAUGCUGCCUCUGGACCCUACAGAAUCUCGAAUACUUUUGGCUGCUUUCGAGCAUGGCUGUCCUUCCGAGAUUGUCGACCUCUUGUCUCUUCUGUCUCAAUACGACUCGCUGUUGAUCAACUCCUAUGCAGCGCGAGAACAAGCGACAGAAGCGAGAAAGGUGUUCUUGCAUCGCGAUGGAGACCACAUGAUGCUCCUCAACAUCUUGCGAGCAUACGUCGAAGUGGAAGAUGAUCAACGGGCAUCUUGGUGUCGGGAGCACUUUAUCAAUCAUAAAGCUCUUCAAAACGUGCUGCGGACUCAAAAGCAAUUGCGCGAUCGAUGCGUACGGCUCAAGCUCGACUGGACGGUGACGUGCGGCGAAUCGAGCGAGCCUGUCCUUCUCAGCUGUCACGCUGGUCUCUUCCACAAUGUCGCUAUUGCGCAUGACGAUGGCCAGUAUCGUACCGUCGGCUCCUCUCGCAUGGUGAUCAAAAUUCAUCCUUCGUCAACGAUACACAAUCGCAAAGUGCGCGCAAUAAUGUAUCAGGAGUUGGUACAUACAACCAACACGUACGCGCGAUGCGUCUCGACCAUACAGCCUGCAUGGAUCCGUCGAGCAUCAUAACUCGCUGAUCAGAUUCGCUACUUUGGUAUCGACAAAUUCUUCGAUAUGCCAUCCCGAUGACGGGUCCUUGACGACACCUGCUCUUCCUAGCGUG